UCGAGUUCCCUUUUGAUGUCGUUGAAGGCUUCAAAUGCACAUCUGAAUGAUGUGAUUUGUUCAAGGACUGCUGUGGUUAUUUGUAAUAGCUUCAGCAUGCGUAGAAAAUAUUUCAAGGAGGUGCAAUAAGUUUGCUUGUUCCAGGUGCAAGUAGCACCCAAUGGAUGUUUGAUACAUUAUGAAUAGGUGUAUGAUCCAAUUUCAGGCCGUUCAUUUCAAAAGGAUGGUUCAGAUUUAAUAAGACCGGGAGCAAGUGGGUGCGUGAGGAUCUGUGCCACCUUUGUACCGUUAAAAAUGGAACCAAAUCCUAACAGAGACGAGAUAGAAGAGAUGAUAAGGAGGCGAGUUUGAUUUGAUCUAUAUGACUGAAACUGAAACUAUGACGGAUGAGUUCAAAUCUUUAGCUGCUACUCUGGCAUAAUGGAAUAUUCCACCCUUGCAGAUUCAUAUGAAAGGCCACAAACGAGCGAAGCAAUCCAUAGCUUCAAGGGGAGAGAGAUCGAAGCAAUAGAGAAUGGCUUCUCUUUGCUUUGUCGUUGUCUUCAUGCUAUGGAUUGUUAGUGGUUGUGCUGGAAGGCCUUUGCAUGACUACUCGAGUCAAAAACCAAAGCAGCCUCUGCGAACAUUUCGCCCUUACAACAUUGCGCACCGUGGAUCGAAUGGCGAGCUCCCUGAAGAAACUGCUGCUGCUUACAUGAGAGCAAUUGAAGAAUGUGCAGACUUCAUAGAAUCUGAUAUACUAGCCACCAAGGAUGGUGAACUCAUCUGCAUGCAUGAUGUCACCCUUGAUGCCACGACCGAUGUAGCCGAGCAUAAAGAGUUCGCCGAUCGUAAAAGGACUUAUGAGGUCCAGUGGGCGAACGUCACCGGAUGGUUUCCAGUCGACUUCACAUUGGAAGAGAUAAAAACACUCCGUGCAAAGCAGAGAUUCCCUUUCCGUGAUCAACAAUACAACGGGAAAUUUCAGAUCAUUACCUUUGAUGAAUUCAUCUCGAUCGCAUUAAAUGCACCGAGAGUUGUUGGAAUAUAUCCGGAGAUUAAAAAUCCAGUUUUCAUCAACAAACAUUGGGCAGAUGGAAAGAAAUUUGAGGACAAAUUUGUUCAAAUGCUUAAAAAAUAUGGAUACAAAGGUGGGUACAUGUUGGAAGAUUGGCUGGAGAAACCAAUAUUCAUUCAGUCAUUUGCUCCAACCUCACUCGUGUACAUCUCGAAGCUAAUCGAUUCACCUAAAGUCUUCUUAACUGAUGACUUUAGCAUACUAACUGAAGAUACAAAGCAGACCUAUGAUGAAAUUACUUCAGACAAAUACUUGGACUAUAUUAAAGACCAUGUUGUUGGUAUUGGGCCAUGGAAGGAUACCAUAGUGCCUCCACUCAACAGGCGCUUGCAAGCUCCAACCGAUCUAAUUGCAAAAGCUCAUGCUCGGAAAUUGCAGGUUUUUUCUAAUAUAAACUGAAACCAAUAAAUUUUAUCCAGAUCCAAUUAGCACAUUAUGUUGAUGGUUGAUAUGGCACAUGUCUUCAUUUCAU